AUGCAACCCCUCCUCCUCCACGCACACGCCACGGGCCCCAACCCCAUCAAAAUCGCCAUCGCCCUCGAAGCCCUGCAGGUUCCCUACAACGUCAAACUAUGGGAAUUCGGCGACGACCGAGAAAAGGGUGUCAAGGGUGAAGUCUUCCUCAAGAUCAACGAGAACGGCCGUGUACCAGCCCUUGAAGAUCCCAACACCGGUGUGGUGUCCUGGGAAUCGGGCGCUGUUUUGAACUAUGUCCGACGAAUCUAUGACAAGGACAAUCUUCUGGGACCGAAGGGGUCAGAGCAGGAUAGAGUGGACUUCGAAAAGUGGGAAUACUUUUUGCUUUCGACGCUCGGGCCGAUGACGGGGCAGACGAAUUGGUAUAGGCACUACAAUGGAACCAAGAACGAGGACGCCCUGCAACGGUAUGCGGCGCAGACAGAGCGAUGCUAUGGUGUGCUGGAGGGCCAGCUGAAGAAGUCCGGCGGGCAGAGUGUCUUGCCUGGACGGAUUACAGCCGUUGACUACCACUUUGAGCCUUGGGUGCGAGAAUUUGAUUUUGCCGGACUGUCGCUGGAGAAGUACCCUCUUAUUACGCAGUGGUUGCGGGUGAUGACUGGUCGGAAGGAGGUUCAGCAGGCUUAUAUCAAGAUCCAAGGGGCUGCGCCGGAGUUUAACUAA